AUGAUUCUAACAAUUAAGAGACCAAACCGAGAUGCUGAUGUGCCUCAGGUUCCAAGCUCGCGCCCAAGAAGGUCAGAGUCCUCUGAUUUGCCCGAAUUAGAAAUCCCAGCGGUGCCUUCCACGAGGCCAAAGCCAAAGGACGAAGACGAUACAAAGAGCAGCAAAGGUUUUUUUGACGCUGAAAUACCGUCUCUACCAGCUGUUCCAGCGACUAGGCCACGCAAAGCAGCCACUCUGGAUCACAUCAAAACAGAUUCCACUGUGGAACCUGCUCCCGGAACGCCAACGUACCAAAAUGUUUUGGAUAUAUACGCUCAGAGUCCAGAACAGUUGAAGAAAGUUGAACUCCAUAACGUUUGGGAAGAUGAUGAGCCUGACAAAGUUGGCAUGGUUGACCGAGAGAUGAAAGAUACAGAAUUGCACGAAGCGACGAAUGAUAUCGAUUCUUUGGAGCAUGUUUCGUCAGCUGCAGCACCAGAAGCAAAUGAGACCACAAAAGUUACAUCCAUGGAGGAGAGCACGGUUUCAAUUAUUGGAAUUGCAGAGGCUGAUGAGAAUCAUUCAGAAGAGACUAAGGGCGAGUUAUCGCCUCAACAAGAACCCUCUGUCAUCAAAGAAAAAACCGAUUCCAAUCCUAAGGAACCAAUACCGCCCAAAAACGAAGAAUCUACACAGGAUGAGGACCAUGAGUCAUCCAAAUCAAAGGCUACAAUACCUGAUCCUGCCUCAAACUCAAGUAGCUUGGAGCCUACCAAUGAUCCGAUCUCUAAAAAGUCAUCUGAUAUGUCUUUAGGUAUUUCACCUCGGAGCUCCACAGAUUCGAAUAAGCCUGCAGUUCCGAAGAAGCCUUCAUCUAAAAUUGCAGCCUUUCAGCAAAUGCUUGCCGAGAGACAGCAGCAGGACAUGGGGAUGUUCAAGUCAAAACCUCCAGUUCCAACCAAGAGACCAUCCCAGGUUGCUGAUGAUUCUGACCAUUCUGACGCAGGUGUCCAGCAUGUAAGAAAGCCUUUGAUUGGGUUUCCCUUACCUGGUAUGGCAUUCCCGGGAACGCCAAUGCCGGGAAUGCCCUUCGCGCAGCCUGAAAGUGAUGACGCUACCGAUCACGUUGAAGAUGUGAGAAAAGGGAGGAUCAAAGGGCCGAGGGGACGAAAACUACCGUCUCGUGUGAAGGACAGCGUACAAGUCAACGACGAGACACUUGGAAAUAAACUUAACAUUAUUGUGACAACGUCGUGGAAUAUUGACUUGAGGAAACCUGUUAAAAUUGAUGAGGAGCUACAAAAUAAUUCUUUGCCUUCUGUUGAUAAAGACAAAGAUAGUGAUGGCUCGACGAUUCAAGCCCAAGAAACAGACAAGCUAGCGGAAGAGCAACAUGAGAACAGUCCUGACGACGAACAUACAGAAAUCAUGAACGAAGAUAGGCCAGAUCUCGAAACUGAAGAUUUUGGAACCGAAACCACGAGAGAUCCUGUUUCUCCAUCUGUUGAGGAUCUAGACUCAAAGAAUGAUGUAUCUGAGCCUUGUUCGGAGGGAUCUGCACCAAAUACGUUGAAAUCCCAAGAAGCUGAAUGA